GUUGAUCUCCUUGAUCUCACCGUUGAGUCUCAACUUUGAAUUAUUAGUGUUUUGUGUGUUUAUCUAGUGUUUAUCUAGUCAUUAAAACAAAUAAUGGAUCUCAGUGAAGAACAUUUAGAAAAUGAGGAUUAUUUUUUCAUUGGUUUUGAUAGAUUUCGAUUUAUAGCUUGUCGAAGUUGUAGCCUUUUCUCACCUUUUCUUUUUCAUUUGCCACCAAAUGAGAAACUGAACAGACUACUUUCAACCUGGAACGGUGAAUUGCUGUUUUGUGCCGAAUGUCUACCAAAGUCUGAGGAAUUGAGAAAAUUUUACACAUCCUCUCGAAAAGGAGAAUUUUUCAAUAUUCACCUAAUUGAACUACUAAAGGGAUAUAAAUAUUCCAAUCCUUAUUAUAAGAUGUUUGCCCUCAUCGAACGGGUGUUGAUAACUACUGACAGUAUCAUAGAAAACAUCCCAUCGGAAAUUGACAAAUUGGUUGGUACAACGGAUGUGGCACGUAUUCAUGGUUUAUUUCCGGAUGUUCACUAUGUUCCUAACAAAAAAUAUUCGGGGUUGGAAGAAAUCAACCAAAUCAUCUGUGCCAAGAUGUCAGAGAUACGUCAGUUUUAUAAUACAAACUUAAACCCUCCAAUGAUCGCUGAAAGGUCCAAUUCCAGUGCUAUUGAAAUUGAAAUAGAAAAAUUCAUAUAUGAUUCAGAACAAAGGGAUGAUACUGUUUGUAACGAGACUGUUGUAUACACUGAAGGACUUAUUGUUGGCGAGGAUCGUCGAUUCAAAUUAACCGUGUUGAGUGCAGACACUGAUUAUGCUUGUGAUAUAUGUCUACUGACAGAGAAAAAUGCCUUAAAAUACGGCGAUUUCAUUGAGAAGCGUCAAACCAAAACGUUGCUUCGAUGCCAUUACUUCUGUUUGCUAUCAGGAACAUUAAUCGUUCAACAAGGACGCGACAAAUCUGGCAUUUUAGGAUUUUUGGUUAAAGAUAUUAUGGAUUCAUUUCCAAAGUAUCGCGAUAAAAUUUGCAGUUAUUGCAAUGGUCUAUCAGCCUCUAUAAAAUGCGCUGAAAGCAAAUGUCAACGCUGGUUUCAUUAUAUAUGUGGAUACAAAAACGGCUGUUUGACACAAUUUAUAGGAGAACAUCUAUCAUUUUGCCAUGAGCAUCAGCCCAUUUUUGCAGAGAAACCUCACGGAAGUGAAACGCAAUGUUGGAUUUGUUGGGAUUUUAUGCCACCGUAUAAACCUGUUUCGAAUUUCUUUUCAAUCUGUCCACCGGAGGAACCCGAUAAGGACCCAACUGUUGAAUAUACUUGGUAUCACAGAAAAUGCAUACAAAGAGCUGCUUUCGAGUCAGGAUAUUACUUCAAAUGCCCAAACUGUUACGAGCGUAAAGAGUUUGUAGAACAUGCACAAUCCCAUGGCAUAUUUGUUCCGAUGAGGGAUGCUACUUGGGAGCUUGAAAAAGAUGCAUACAAAGAUAUCCACAAGAAUAAAUGCACAGCUAAAAAAUGCACCGUACCAAGAGUAUCAACAAAGAGACUACAGUUGGUUGGUUGCAAAGUUUGUGGUGGCGGAACUGUACAUGUCGAAUGCGCGGGUGUAAAAAUCAUGGACGAAUACAUCUGCUCUCACUGUAUGGAUGCUACAUUUAUAAAACUGUUCUAAUAUGUUUGUUAUGUUGUUGUUAACCUGCUGUAGCAUGCGAUGAACAAAUAAAAAAGAGAUUACAUAACA